UAUGCAAUAGUGGCGGUAGAAAGGCAAACAAUCAUCUAUCUCAAGUUGCUCGUCUGCUUCUUAACUGCGUCUGCUCCAGUGACUUGAGUCAGAAUACCAAAGCAGUCAUAGGAUACGGUACAGAGGCAAGCAAAACAUCAGACAGGCAGCUGGGAAUAGCAGGAACACAGGGUAGCGAUACCAAGACACAACCGAUACAGAACUGAUCUGCUGAUAACGAAGGACACGUAGUUGGUUCUGUAACUAAGAAGAAAAAUACACCCGAAAACUAUGCCGCCUGUUGGAAGGAAGGUGCCGAAAGAAGUGCAGGCUAUCUUCGACAAGUACAAGGAGACCAAUAUCGCCACGCGUCUGAAGAAGCCCGAAGCGAUCAGGAUGAUGUCGGAGGAGUUUGGCCUGACGGAAGAGCAGGGAGAGAAGAUCUUUGAGACAUUUGACCAGGACAAGAACGGCAUUAUGAGCCUUUGGGAAUUCGAGGCAUUGUAUACGACAGUCGGGGACAGCGCGCAAGAAAUUGUGAAAAAGUUUGAAGAAAUGGAUGUCGAUGGUAGCGGUAAGCUGGACGCUAGCGAGGCUCGGGCUGGAUUAAAACAAAUGAAGACGACUACCGGACGAGAUUUCGAGGAUCGGGAGAUCGAUUUCUUCCUCAAAUCCAACACGGGAGAGGAUGGUAUGAUCGACUUAGGACGCUUUGUGCAGAUGUUAUUCAGACUGAAGAUGUAUAAACCGAAGCCAAAGAAAUAAACAUCUAAAGAUGUCCUUCAACUAAUAGUUUUAUACAAACUGAUAUCGAACUUCUUGAACUUUCUUUGGUCCUCAAUCAGUUUAAGAAACAAGGUAAAGUGGUACAAGUAUGCAACUUCGGUAUAAUUCUAGCUCCUUUGAUGUGGAAAACAUCUGGUAGCCAGCAGAGGAUGUACGCGGACUUGUACCACCUUGUCUAACCUCAAGACUUUCGUAGGGCAACUGCAAGACUUCCUCACGCAAUGAGUGAUUUGACCGACUUGUUCGUCGAUAUUUGACUGUGAGGGUUUCCCCGAUGCUUUGGGAUAAGAGAAAUGAGAAUACAUGUAUAACUUAACAAAUGAACAGUUUCCUCUGGCAGUGGUUGUCCGGGUAAUGAUAAAAAGAUCACUCGUCGGCUGGUAAAAUUGGUCAUUGCUGGGCCUUGAUAUUUAGGCCUAUCUAUCGCUGGUUGCCACAGGUCACCUUGGGUGCCUGCGACAACAAUCUGUCGUAUGUGAAACCCAACGAUUACCAGCUUUACCUGCAGGCGAGAGAAUUUUUGCCGCACAUCGCGCAGUGAGGUCACUGAGACAAAAUUUAAUCUCUUUUUGCGGGGCGCUUUAUAUACAAUGUACCCGCAAAUAUCAGGAUUUUUUGUGUAUACAACAGCAGAGACAAUAUGGCGAAAAGCUUCUAAAUAAAUAUUAACCAAACUUGA